GUGUGUCUCUUCCUGAUACCACCAACAUUGUUUGAAAGAUGGGUGAGUGAAAGGGCAUUGAUUUGAUCAGUGUGAUUGGGGAUUUUGAUAAUUGGAAUUUGGAUUGAAGGGGAAGGAUGUACAAGGGUGGUCCCCCGCCUCCUUCCCUAUCCUCCAACUCCGACUCCAACAGCAACAGGCGAAUCAUCCAAACCUCCGUUGGCCCCUCUCCCCAUCUCUAUCAAGUCUGGAAAGGAAGCAAUAGAUUCUUCCUUGGAGGCCGACUUAUAUUUGGUCCAGAUUUCAGGUCACUAUUCCUUACAAUGUGUCUAAUUGUGGUUCCUGUAAUCUUGUUUUGUGCUUUUGUUUCUCAAGGGCUUGUUCAUGUUUUACCACACCGCCUGGGCCAUCUUGUUGUAGUUUCAUCUGCAGUCUUCACAGCUUAUAUUAUUGUUCUUCUCUUCCUCACGUCCGGAAGAGAUCCUGGUAUUAUUCCUCGAAAUCUACACCCUCCAGAACCAGAUGAUGAUGCCUCUAGCAUCUCUACAGACUGGGCUGGAAGCCAGUGUGGUGGUCAAAAUUUACCACUCACAAAAGAAGUUACUGUCAAUGGGAUGAUUAUCAGGGUCAAAUACUGCCACACUUGCAUGCUAUAUCGCCCACCACGAUGCUCGCACUGCUCAAUAUGCAAUAAUUGUGUUGAGCGCUUUGAUCAUCAUUGUCCAUGGGUGGGGCAAUGUAUAGGGAAGAGGAAUUAUCGAUUCUUUUUCAUGUUCGUAUUCUCCACAACUGUCCUCUGCCUAUUUGUUUUUGCCUUCUGCUGGGUAAACAUCAAGCAUAUAAUGGGAGCAUACCACUGCAGCCUCUGGAAGGCUUUUGCGAAGUCACCUGUUUCAGGAAUUCUUAUAUUAUAUACAUUCAUAGCUUCUUGGUUUGUUGGAGGUCUCACUGCAUUUCACCUUUAUUUAAUUUUCACUAACCAGACAACAUAUGAAAAUUUUCGUUAUCGGUAUGAUGGGAAGAGGAAUCCUUACAACAUUGGAUGUGCUAGCAAUUUUAGUGAGAUAUUUUUCUCUAAGAUACCUAGUUCCAAGAAUAACUUCCGUGCAAAGGUGAAGAGCGACUCAUCUUCAAUCUUCAAUACUUCAAUGUCUUUGGGCCGGUCCAUGAGCCCAGAUAUGUCCAAGUCAAGCUUGGAUAUUGAGAUGGGGAAACGACAAGCUGUUGAUGCAGAGGAGUUUGAAGACAUACAGAGCCAAAUUGAGGGUGUUGGUCGAUUAGAGAGAUGUGAAACGCAGCCAAGACACGCCAGCUGGGAUCGCAAAAGCCAGUGGGAGAUCUCACGCGAUAUGCAUAUGUUGGUUGCUGAGUUUGAUACGGAAAAUGCUACUGCAGGAGGCAGAGAGAAGAAUCAUGGAGAUCAUUAAACUAAGCCUUGAAGACCCUAUAAUCUGGGAGGGGAUGAUAGGUUAUUCUUUUUUGAUUCCAAUAGAAACCUAACCUACUUGUCUGAUGGAAGUAGAUUCUUCUGCCAUGGAAAGAUGUCUUUCAAUUUACUUCCAUCUGAGAGGAAGGAACGGGUUGAUUUUUGGUAAAAGAUAUGAAGGUAUUGCGAUGACCUGCUUCCCUCAUGACAUUGGGUGUCCGUGUUGUGGUAUAGUAGUAUCUGUUUUGCUGGCAAAUUGGCUGGCUGUUGAUAUUCCUUAAUUUGUUGGAUACUAUUAGCUCUCUGCAGAAAAGAACCAAGAAAAAGAAAGGAAAGAAAAAAAAAUAGAGGCAAGGCUGGCAGGCUAUAAUCUGAAGUACUUGUUAAAUCAUGAUUGUAGAGUAAUUGUUUAGUAAAGCUUGUGGGGGUUUUAGUGGGUUUUUUUUUUUUUUUUUUGGGUGAGGUUUUGAGGAUAAUUGAUACUGAUUAAGAAUUUCUUGGUAUCUUGAAAAAGAAGUCGGAUGUUUGUUGAGGAGAGUGAUUCAAAUAUCAAGUUUUAAAUGGUGCUUUCCACACUAUUGUUCUAAUUGUUUGGAAA